AGGCAGCAAGACCGGCCGACAGACGGAUGUCACAUGGAAAGAGGGAGGUGAGAUGCGGACACGCAGCAAGAAAUAGAGGGUAAGCAUUAAGCCGGUUUGCUUGUCGGCCAGCGCAGACAGCCCUGCCUCUUUCUGUUCUACAUCACAGCGGAGCGGAGGGAGCAGGACUAUCCUGAUGCUGACAGGAGGAAAGGAGCACUCCAAUCUGCCAGAAGUCGGCGGCUGCUUGCUGCAUCUUGUCAUUGAACCCUUUGGAUCUCUUAUUGACAUUACAGAGCUCUUUCUUGUUUUCCAGUCCCCCGUCAUUGUGAUCCUGCCAAAACAGAGAAGCUGGAUUGACAACGACAUAAAGGGAUCCUGCAGCUUCUAACUCUCAAGACCUUUUGGACUAUUCUUCAUCUUUUUGUUGCUUCCAAUCAUUCAGGUGUCAGGAUAUAUCACACUAAAUCAAAUGGAUUAAGGACUAGAUCCAGUAAAUACUAAACUCUAUCCUAAAUACUUUGAACUAAAUCAAAUUAAUUCUGGUAUAGAUCGAAGAAACUGGACUAAAUCAGAUUUAUUGUCAGCUCUUUAAGGUGUGUGCAUGUUAUGAGCCAUUUUACUAAUCUUUACUUAAAAAAGCUGAUUUGUUAUAGAUAGAAUUUGACCGCCGCAGUUGUGGAUCUAUGCUAUUGACAAAAUGAUGACCCAUGAGUAAGGAAAUGGUGGUAAUGAUUGGGUUCCCAUGUGAUACUGACAAAUAGAUGCCUCAUUGCUGCUGACUCACCACUGGCCCCAUGAUACCACACUCUGUUGCCACCACAUCGGAGUUAAAUCCUAUAACUUAGAUAUUGCCAUGGGGGAAAGACAAUUGAUCAGAACAAAAGGAAACUGAAGUGACAAUCUCUCACUUGUUUAACUCAAUUUUCUCUUUUGGACACCUGAAGAAAUGGUAGCUGAUAAACUUUUUUCAAUUUUCCUCAGAGGUGAACAUAAGCUGAUUGUUCUGCUUGUUCAAGAUCGAAGAAAAGCCAUUUCUUUGUAAUCCUUUGUCAGGGAAUCAACUAUGCAUUCACAAGUGCGUUGUUUCUGUUCUUCAAACAUGUGCUCAUGCCCUUUUUAAACCAAGGACACCAACAUUGAUUGGUUUCUUCUUCAGCACUCACCCUGCUCACUUCGCAGCACAGGUGAAACUCAAACCAAGUUUUUGGACAAAGUCAUCAGAAACAGAUUUUUCCUUUUACGCUUGGAUUGCAGUUCCACUUACCAUGGGUAACUUUACGUUGAAGUGAUUAAGUAACCCCUUGUUCAACAUGGUGGUGACUCGUCUGGAGCUGGAGCUACGCUACCAGGGAAGGAAGUUACGUGGCGUGACGUGGAAGUUGACUCGAUCAGAACAUGGUUUCAUACCAGAGAGCUCUUGGCUCAUUGCUGCCCAGGUUAUGGUGCCGUACCUGGUGUCAGGGCUCGGAAUGGUCUCCGCCGGUAUUGUUAUGGACCUUAUACAACAUUGGACGGUAUUUAAGGUGAUUACUGAGGUGUUCAUCCUGGUGCCUGCGCUGGUGGGACUCAAAGGAAACCUGGAGAUGACCCUGGCUGCUCGACUCUCCACUGCUGCCAACACAGGCCAAAUGGACGACCCUGAUAAACAAUGGACCAUGGUAUGCAGCAAUCUGGCACUGAUUCAGGUUCAGGCGACAGUGGUGGGCUUCCUCGCGGCAGUGGCCGCCGUGUGUUUGGGGUCGUUUUCUAGAGGGGGGAUUGAACUGGACCAGGCAGCUGUCCUCUGUGCCAGCAGCAUCACCACAGCCUUUGUAGCUGCUCUUUCCUUAGGCCUGGUGAUGAUCGGAGUGAUCAUCGGCUCCAGGAAGGUGGGGAUCAACCCCGACAACGUGGCCACCCCCAUCGCUGCCAGUCUGGGGGAUUUGAUCACCUUGUCCCUGCUGGCUGGGGUCAGCAGCACACUCUAUGAAUAUAAAGAUAUAUGGUACCUGUCGCCCGUGGUGAUUCUGAUCUUCCUGGCCCUGAUCCCCCUGUGGGUGGUGGUGGCCCGACAGAGCCCUCAGAUCAGCGAGGUUCUCCGCUCAGGCUGGCAGCCUGUCAUAGUAGCCAUGUCCAUUAGCAGUUUUGGAGGCCUUAUACUGGACAAGACAGUGAGUGAUCCCAACUUUAAGGGCAUGGCUGUCUUCACGCCCGUCAUUAACGGUGUGGGUGGUAACUUGGUGGCCAUCCAGGCCAGUCGGAUCUCUACUUACCUGCACUUCUGGAGCAUCCCGGGGGUGCUGCCGUACAAGAUGAGGCAGCACUGGCCCAAUCCUUGCAUCACCUUCUUCUCCUCAGGAGUGAACUCCAAGUCAGCGCGGGUGCUUCUCAUGCUGGUUGUCCCCGGUCACCUGGUCUUCCUCUACGCCAUCUCUCUGCUGCAGGGAGACGAGGUGCCUAUCGGUGUAGCCUUCAUAAUCUGCUACCUGUGUGCUGCUCUGCUGCAGGUGGCCAUCCUUCUUUAUUUUGCCGACCUCAUCAUCCGUGUGAUGUGGAGAAGGAGCCUGGACCCUGACAACUUCUCCAUCCCCUACCUGACCGCCCUGGGGGACCUGCUGGGCACUGGCUUUCUGGCCCUCUGCUUCCGCGGCGUCUCACUGUUUCAGAGCCUCGGCUUCUGAAUGUUGACCCCUGAACUCCUGGCCAGCCACUGUCUCGCUGCAACAAUUUUUUUUUUUUUUACAUUUCCGCAGAGAUGCUUUUAAAUUGGACAAAAAAGCCUUUUCUGAUGGUUAUCACUGCGCCAGUUUACACCAAGGAAUCUGUCUCUGUCACUAAUUCAAACCUUGGGAAGACGGCACAGGUGCCACCCACCCAGUUAUACCCAUCCAUGUGUGUGGAGGGUUUGCUGCAUGAUCACGUCCAGCCAAUCUAAUUAUUUAAAUUUGAGUUCAAAAUCCUUUAAAAAUCAUGUAGAAGUUUUAGAUAUCUGUCCCGUCAGUAUGAUUAACUUUUUUUUGUAAUCAUUCCUCUAUUAGUUUUUUUUGUUUUUUUGCAUUAACUAAACGUUAGUUUCAUCUCUCAUCUCAUCUCUUUGGCUUC